AGGUAGAGUAAUGGGUCAAAGUCGGAACACCGUCUCGCGGCUGCAGUUGUUGCACCGGGCGCCAUGUUCGUUCGGCUAGUUUGCUAGCUUGCUAGCUUGCUGAUGUUAGCUAAUGAAUAUGUGGCUUUCUAUGUUAUAAUUAUGUAAAUCUUUUUGCGAUCCGUCGAAUAAUGGCUCUAGUUAAGACCAUUCUGCAGUGCUGAUUUUGCACCUAACCGAGAAUUCCAAUGUCCCUUAAAUAUGCUUUCACCGGUGCACAAACCAGCAGUUGGAUGGAUUUGUUGACAAAAGUUUCAUAAUGUCGGAGCUUUUUAUGGAGUGUGAGGAGGAGGAGUUGGAGCCAUGGCAAAGGAGGAUCCCAGAAAUUAAUUUGGUGGAUGAUGACGAUGACGACGAUGAUGAACCCAUUUUUGUUGGAGAGAUCCGUUCCAAAGUCACUCCAAAUACCAGGCGAAAUCCUGCUCCCGUCGCCAAAGCUGCCAGCCAGCGUCAGAUGGUGCCGGUGGCCACCCGCACCGUCAUGCCUGUGUCCCCGGUUAUGAGGGCGGGGGCGACCACCAUGACGACGUCCCCCCAGAGGCCCCCCCCGACUGCGGCCAGCGCCCCGCCCGUCUCCCCCUGCGGCUCCUCCGGGCCCAUAGUGCCUCAGCUCACCGUCCGGGCCACGGCGCAGUCCGUCCCCAAGUCCUUACUCAUCCCCGUGGCCUCUCAGGCGGGACCCCUUCCCACCGUCGCCCAGACCGUCUCCCACGUGCCCGUGACCCACACCUUAUCCGCACAGUCUCCCCAGCCCAUAAUCAUCAACAACCAGGGCUAUAUAGUGACAUCUCCCCAGAUAGCCAACAACUCUGCGUUCAUCGCCUCACUUGGGAAUCAAUAUCCGCCUGGAACGUCUUUCACCGUCCUUCCCGCUGGACAGCAGUUGCUGCCUCAGGUUGCUCCAGCGAAGGCUCUACCAGGGGUGGUCCACAGGCCCCAGGUGCAGCUGAUCCAGAACAACAUCGUCACCCUGGCCAACGUGCAGAGCCCUGCGCAGUCAAAGCAGCCAGCUGCGCAGUUCAGCCCUACCAAACUGCAGCUGCCCAUACACGUUGUUCCGUCUGCAAUGCAAAGCAAGCUUGUCACCCCGCCAACACCACUGAACUCCGGCGUCCCGUGCAAGCAGCCAUCACCUUUACUGCAGGUCAUGAGCAAUACAGGAAUCGGGAUGAGUGCAGUUAAACGGGACUCUCCACCUGAUAUGACAAGCAAUGCCACUAAAAGGACUAAGCUGGAUUUGGGAGUUGCCAAUGUUUCUGACUGCGCACAAAAUGGGACCCCAUUUAGAAAAAAGUGUCCAAGGUGCAAUAUUCAGUUUAACCUCCCAGAUCCCAUGAGAAAUCAUAUGAGGUACUGCUGUUCUCAUUUGAUAGACAGUGUGUUCCCGACAACGUCCAAGCUGGGUAAACCUGCCCCUCCGGCCAGGCUGAUGGAUACAGAGAGAGGCAAACUCAUUAUGCUGGUCACAGAGUUCUACUACGGGAGGCACGAGGGGGACAAGGCGGUCCAGAAGGAUCAAAAGGCCAAUAUCACAUUUAAGUGCAACAGCUGCCUGAAGGUCCUGAAAAACAACAUCAGGUUCAUGAACCACAUGAAGCACCACUUGGAGCUGGAGAAACAGAGCAAUGAGAGCUGGGACAGUCACACCACCUGUCAGCACUGCUUCCGCCAGUACUCCACCCCCUUCCAGCUGCAGUGCCACAUCGAGAGCGCCCACAGCCCUUACGAGUCUACCACCAAUUGUAAAAUAUGUGAGUUAGCCUUUGAGACCGAGCAAGUGCUCUUGGAACAUAUGAAAGACAAUCACAAGCCUGGUGAGAUGCCCUACGUUUGCCAGGUAUGCAACUACAGGUCAUCGUUCUUCUCAGAAGUGGAGAGUCACUUCCGCUCCGUUCACGAAAACACUAAAGAUCUCCUCUGUCCCUUUUGCCUUAAAGUCCUCCGUAGCGGCCACAUCUACAUGCAGCAUUAUAUGAAGCAUCAGAAAAAAGGAAUUCAUCGAUGUGGCAAAUGCCGGCUGAAUUUCCUAACUUAUAAAGAGAAAACGGAGCAUAAGACUCAUUUCCAUAGAACGUUUAAGAAACCCAAAACCUUAGAGGGGCUCCCUCCAGGAACAAAGGUUACCAUUCGAGCUUCGCUGUUGGGUGGGUCCCCCACUUCUGCCGGCACCCCAAGCAGAUCCAUCGUCAGCAUCAUUCCCAGCAGCCCCACCUCCAAACAGCCCAGCAAAUCUCACUCUGGCACGGCCAAAUCAAAGUCGUCCUCGCAGAACAGCAGUCCGGGGAAAGCCAGGCCCUUCCAAUCAAAGAAACAAGAACGCCUCAACUCCAAACUGCAGGAGAAGAACAAUGAGGCACUGAAGAAUGUCAGAAAUCACUUGGGACAGCAGAUAUGUGUUGAAUGCUACACAAAAGUCACAGACUUCUAUUCUCACUAUCCGAUGGUUCUGAAUUGCGGGGCGUGCAAGUAUCGCACUUGCUGCAAGAAGUCUUUUGAAAAUCAUAUGAUCAGGUUUCAUAGUGCUGUUUCCAGAGACAGAUUAAGAAAAAUGAGGAAGCCUCGGGGUAGUCUACGGAGUAUAACGCUCGUUUGUCUGAACUGCGACUUCCUGGCGGAUGCAUCGGGCACCAACCUCAUGAGCAAACAUUUGAUCGACAGACCACACCACAAUUGUCAGGUCAUCAUCGAAAAAGGAAUUUCUAAUGAGGAAAAACCCAAAACUGGGCCAAGGUUUGAGACCUCUGCAGGAGACGCUAGUGAUUUUACGAGAGUUGAAACCGACAUUCUGAGUGGAGAUUCAGACCCUUCGGAUGCAAAUGGAAAGGACAAAGAAGACCUUCCGCUUGAUUCUCGUACGAAGUCGUACGAUGAAAGUCGGGCAGAACCUUCAGAGGUCAAGGACUCCAAAGCUGCUUCUAAGCCGGAGAGUGAAAGAGCUGAAGUGCCUGAGGAAAGCCAAGCUCACGCGAACGAUGGUGGGAUCCCCGAGAAUGAGGAGAAGCAAAGACACAAGACUUCUGCAAAGCUACCAGAUCCUGUCGAGAGGGACACUUCACCUGGGGAGCCCAGCGGUACAAGCUCGUCUGAGAAAGAAAAGGAGGAGCCACCGUCGCCUGAGGCCAAGCCCCUCUCUAGACCCACUGACCACGAGAUGGGGCAGGACAAGGAGGAGGAGGAGGGCAGCUCGCCAAAGGAUGACGUACCCUUCCAGGAUUUCCUGAGGAAAUCCCAUAAUGGGGAGUCGGUGAGCUCUGACGUCAGUGAGCAGGGCAGCGUCCGCCUGGAGCCCCUCACUCCCUCGAAGGUCCUGGAGCCCCUCACUCCCUCGAAGGUCCUGGAGCACGAAGCCACCGAGAUCCUGCAGAAGGAGCCCGAAAGCAACGCGGGAGCUCCCUCCGACAGCACAGACGACACCGAUAACAGCCGCCCCUCCACCCCCAACCAAUCUAAAGACACCACCUAACCUAAAGUGAACACAAAGCUUUUACUUUGACACGAUUCUUUGUUGCAUUCUCAAGCCUGUGCUGUGGGGCAGAGGAGGGGUGGAAAUUUUUGUAACAAAACUGUAGUAUCAAUUUACGUGUCUUGGAACAAUUGUCUGAAAGUAAGCCAAAACGUUUGGCUGAAUGGGUGCAGAAAUCAAAAACGAGUUAAUGAUACUUGAGAUAACUUUGUAUGUACAGUUUUACUACACAUGUAUAAGGUAGCACACCUACUUCAAGCUAACAGGUGAACCUUGGACCAUUCAUCUUAGUGUUUUGUGCAUGUGUUCUGACUGUGUACAAGGAACCAUCACUUCUGUUCUUGUUUCACGUAUGUAAGUGCUCCAUUGAUAAGUUAUCAUGAUCCCCUCAUUAGUAUAUCAAAAUACUUUUUUGCCAGCAUGUUAUACCAGAAGGGCAGCUACUUUAGGAAUAGUGUAUAUUGCAAUAAGUGUAAUUUAGGCAUGUAGCGAAAGGAUACAUUUAAGUGCUCCAUGUGAGGUCAAUGUCUUGACCUUAAUAUUUUUGCUACCCUUUUAUUUUGCUGGUAGACUUAGGUUUUUUGGUACCUCGCAUUAACGGUUUGUGGUUGCUUUAUACUUCUCACAGUGUUGGUCUCCCUGUACAUUUGUGUUGUGUUGCUUUCCCCUGCUUUCAGUGGUAAGAAACGGAGACUUGGGAACGGACAUUUAAAGACCUGCAGUCAGCUGUGGCUGCUUUUAUGGACUGUAAAUAAACAUUUUGGCGAUCUCA